AUAUCCAAUAUUCUGUGAGAUUGGGUCCCGCAAAUCCCAGUGCAUAAUCAAAUUGACCCGACAUUGCUUAUGUAUGCCACGAGACGGUGAGAUAUUCAGGAUCUUUUAAACUUUGAGGGCAUGCUGAGUUCAGUGAGCGCUUUCGUAUUUGUUAGGGCCUUUUUGAGAAGUUUCUGGAACCGAUCCUUUCUUUUCUUAUUUUCAGUGGUGAAUUAUGAAGAGCGAGCGUUUUGUAAGUUAGUUGUGUGCAGAAUGUGGCUGUGCGGUUAUUGAAUUGCAUCUCGGUAGGAAGUAUGACGGUUGCUAUUGCUAGUAGAGUCGCACUGACUGGAGCUUUGAGUGGGAGGGAGUAUGUGUCAGUCACGAUCCCAUUUGGGUCGCUUUUAGUCGUCAAUUCGCGCUCUAGGGCUCAGCUGCAAGCAUGGCUUGUGCCGAAUCGCAAAGAACUGAUAGUUGGGGACCAGAGGCGAGGUGUUCACGGCUACGUGUCCCGGUCAUCACCGAGCCGAGGAAUUGCGGCGAAUGCUAUUGAGGAUAAGGUUUCUCGAAGUAGGCUCCCACAUUCCAACAAGAAAGACGAUGGCGAGGCCUUGAAGCUGUCGCAAGACAUAGGAAUACUCAAGGACAGUGAAGCUGCUGCCAGAAUCCGUGAGAACUCCAACGAGUCCGAGAACAUGGUUGACACCAAAAUGAACCCCGUGUGUGAUAAACUGAUAGAUGUAUUCUUGGUAGAGAAGACAAAACCUGAGGAUUGGCGAAUUCUUAUAGCAUUUAGCAAAGAAUGGCCUACAAUUCGGCCUUACUUUUUCAGGCGCUGCGAUUCUCAGGCGAAGGCAGCAGUCGACCCCAAGAAGAGGGCCGACCUGCUCAAACUUGUUCGGCAAAUGAAAGAGGUGGAUGAUGAUAUGCAACGUCAUGAUAAAACCAUAGCUAUGCUCAAAGAAUCUCCCCUAGAACUCGACACCAUUGUCGCGCGCCACAGGCAGGAUUUUACUGGAGAUUUCUUCCAGCACCUUCACUUACGCAUCGAGGCUUGUCGAAACGACGCCGAGAAGAGAGAAGAACUCGAAACCCUAGCAUCGAAUUGUCUCGCAGCCGUUGAAGGACAUGAUAGAGCCUCAGUAGACGAGCAGAAUUCAGACCUGGCGCAAAUGAAAUACGAGGACAUUUUGAGCUCCCCUUCUUUGGAAGCAGCCACGGCCAAAAUUGACCACCUCGCAAAGACGAAUCAGUUGGACUCCACAUUCAUGCUCUUGAUGACGAAAGCCUGGGCUUCAGCGAAAGAAUCUACCUUGAUGACAGAUGAGGCUAAGGACAUUCUGUACUAUCUGUAUAAGCAUGCAAGGGCAAACAUGGCUAAGAGCGUCCCCAAAGAGGUUCACAUCAUACGCCAUCUUCUCAGCAUAGAGGACCCUUGUCAAAGGCUUGAAGAGAUGGAGAAAGCAUUUACGCCUGGCGAUGAAUUGGAAGGCAUUUACACAGAGCCGGAGAAACUGUUGGAGUGGAUUAGUGCUGUUUUAGAGGCUUUCUAUUCUAAACAAAAAGGAACGCUUAUCAAAGAAGCUGAAGGUAUGUUGAACCCUAGUUUUAUAUCUAGACUUGUGACUCUCAGAGAUUUAAUAGUUAAGUAUUUUAUUUAAUGGGGUCCUUUCAGUUAUCUGCAUACCCUCUAUGAACAGUGUUUUAUAGUGAAGCUUGAUUAUUGCAAUCGUUUUAUUCUUCGGCCUUCCCUUAAACUUGUGUAGAUUUUUUUAGUCCCUCUCUAUGUUACGUGAACCUCAAAGUGUGCUCCUAUAUCUUCCUUGAAUAUUCACAAGCCGAGGCCUUGUGUUACCUAUUCAAGAUA